GACUCCCGGUUCCGCCCCCGCCGGGCAUGUCCCGCACACGGGCGGGCAAGGCCCGGCCUGCUGGGGCCAGGAAGGGCCGGCGGCCCGGCAACCCCUCCGCGGGACCGGCCCCGGGCCCUUCAUCGGGCGGCGGCGGCGGCCUCGCUGAGCAGCUCCGGGCCCUCGGCCUUAAGCUGCGGGAGGUGCCGGGCGAUGGCAACUGCUUGUUUCGGGCCCUGGGUGACCAGCUCGAGGGGCACUCCAGAAACCACCUGAGGCAUCGACAGGAAACAGUGGAGUACAUGGUGAAGCAGAGGGGGGACUUUGAGCCAUUUGUGGAGGAUGAUGUGCCCUUUGAGAAGCAUGUUACCAAUUUGGCCAAGCCUGGGACCUUUGCUGGCAAUGAUGCUAUCGUGGCCUUUGCAAGGAACAAUCAAAUCAACGUGGUUAUUCAUCAGCUCUAUGCUCCACUGUGGCAGAUCCAGGGCACAGACAAGAGCAAUGCGAGGGAGCUGCACAUCGCCUAUCGUCACGGGGAGCACUACGACAGCGUGAGGAGGAUCGACGAUGACUCAGAAGCUCCGGCGUAUCUUCAGAUGGAGAUGCUUUGCAAAAACAAUGCAAAUAAGACAGAGGAAGUGAAGCCACAGAAGGGCGACUCUGAGGAUGAGACUGAAGUGGAAGAUGCUGUACAAAAAGUGUGCAAUGCAACAGGGUGUUCAGACAUGGAUUUAGUAAGCCACGUCCUGGAAGUAGAGGAUUACAACAUAGAAUCUGCAAUAUUUGCCAUCUUACAAGUGAAGGAAGGAGAAGGAACUGGUACCGAGGAGCAGCAGGAACCCCAGAGCAGGGAUCAGAAGUCCUGCAGCAAAACACUGUGGGAGGAGAAUGGAAGCGGUUCAAGAAUCUUUGGAAAUCAGAGCCUGCAUCGAAGUGAAACAGGAAACAACAAAGGACAGGCUGGAUCCAGUGAAGAGAACCAAGCCAGCAGGAAGCCAAAGGCAGCUAAAAAACAGAAGAAGGAGCAGCAGAGGCUGGAGAAGAAGAAGCGGCAGGAGGAGAGGCACCGGCAGAAGGUCUUGGCCAUGAAGAACAACUGUGCAGACAAUAGGACAGAGACAGACCCCACCAACCACAUCACCUUGGUGAAGACCAUGGCAGCCCUAAACAUCUGACUCAGUGUGUGCUGAGUACUCUGAGGAGAAAAGCAAAUAAAACUGAUGAAGACAAAACUCCCUCUGAGCAAAUUUUGAGGCACCACCAUUUGUUACCUUAAAAUCGGUUUCUGCAGAGGUUUCCAAGGACAAGAGAAAUUCCUGUUCCUUUGGUUGUGGAGAAGACAGUUUCUCAGUGAUUCUGCAUCAACCUGUGUGUGAGAAGAGUUGUUUGAACUUAUAAAGUAGAGACUUGGGUUUACAAUUUUGGAGUUAGAUGAAGGAAGGAAUGCAGUGACAAGUUUUAAUCUCACUAGAACUGUUGGCCUUGUACUGGGCUGGUUCAGAAGUCAUUAAUACAUGAAGGGAGAAUGGGAUUGCUGCAUCCAUGCUUGCUGAAGUUUGGGACCAGCUCCUUUGCUACCUGAGACCUGUAGAGAGAAAUAAACCCACCCAAAAUAAUAAUACCAGUGGACUCAUGAGACUGCAGAGCCAACUCAUCUGGUGAUGGUUGAUGAGUCUGUAAAAUGUAACAGGAGCAGGCAGGAGAUUUCUGGUGUGUGUUGUUACUUGGACAUCUGGAAUCUCAUCCCCUUUGUCAUAUUUUGGAGCUUUUGGGCUGCUCCAGAGCUUUAGUCCAAGCCAGGAACUUGAUAGGUGUUAGUCCCCAAAUUACAUUAUUGUAGCUAAAGGAACAAGGGUCCUGGGAACAAGCUUCCAAGCAGUAGUAGUCCCUGGGAAACCUGCCUAUUUCACUUCAUAAAUCAAGCUUUUUCCAGGGUAGGAUUUUUCCAUCUUAAAUUCCAUUUUGGUGAGGUCACCAAGUAGGAUGUACAGCUUGUCUCCAGUGGUGGUUUUCACUGUAGGACUGAGGAUUUGGAUGAGGUGAAAGGACUCUGGGAUUCAGCUCUGGAUUUAUGGCUCCCAGUGUUUCAGCUUUACUCAGGUUUUUGGAUUUGUGACAAGCACUAAGCUUGAAGAAAGCACAUGUGCACUUAGACAACAGCAGGAGACACCUUGUCAGCCAGGGCAGAGGUGAAGGGGAUUUUUCGAAAAAAAAUCUAUGUGUGCUUUGAAGUUUAUAAAUCAGCAUGAAAAUAAAAAUGCCUUUUUUUACUGAA